CUCUAGCCUUUGGGUACUUUGCUUUGAAGAAUUAUCUCAGUUGGGCGGAAGAAGAAGAAUUAUAGAAGUGUGAUCAUAAUGUCUGCUAGCGGCGGCGCCGGAGAUGAAGAUAAGAAGCCUAAUGAUCAGAUGGUUCAUAUCAAUCUCAAGGUUAAGGGUCAGGAUGGGAAUGAAGUGUUUUUCAGGAUCAAGCGUAGCACACAGAUGCGCAAGCUCAUGAAUGCUUAUUGUGACCGGCAGUCAGUGGACAUGAACUCAAUUGCAUUCUUAUUUGAUGGGCGCAGGCUUAGGGCAGAGCAAACUCCUGAUGAGCUGGAGAUGGAGGAGGGUGAUGAAAUCGAUGCAAUGCUACAUCAAACUGGAGGCAGCGAUGCUGGAUGCUUUACUUGUUUCUCUAAUUUUUAACUUGGUUUAUGUCAGUAGAUUGUUUAGGGUGAUACUUCCAGAGUGUUGGUACUACUCCCUCAUCUGCUCUAAGAUGGGUAAAUUUAUGAAUGUUUAGAUUUCAGUAUUA